CCGUAGCUGUCAGUCAAAGGACAUUUAAAUGGCCACACUGUACGGAGCCGUUUUUACCGUACACAGCACCGUAAUAACGCCGUAACGGGGAUAUUGGAGCACACAGCUGCGUGAACACCGUCUCUGUUUGUUGUCGGGGUUUCUCUCUUUUAUCUGAAUUAAUAUUUUAACUGUUAAAUUUGCUCAGAAAGACUAAAAACACAAUGAGCGACGAGGAGGAGUUUCUGCAGAAAGCCCGAGCCGGGUUUGAGGAUCUGUGUCGAGGCUUGAACAUGGACGAAGAGGCGAGCAGCGAGGCGUGGAAGACCUACGAAAACAUCAGCAGGAACUUCACUUUAGAGGGCAGCGACCUGCACUGGCUGGCCUGUGCUCUGUACGUGGCCUGCAGGUCCGCGGUGCCGACGGUGGGUAAAGGCACCGCCGAGGGGAACUACGUCUCUCUGACCAGAAUCUUACGCUGCUCAGAGAUGAGCCUGAUUGAGUUCUUUAAUAAGAUGAAGAAGUGGCAGGACAUGGCCAACCUGCCGCAGGACUUCCGUCAGAGCACCGACAAGCUGGAGAGAAACUUCACCGUGUCGGCGGUCAUCUUCAAGAAGUACGUUCCCAUCUUCAGAGCCAUCUUCAAGGCGCCGUCGGAGGAGCCGCCACGAGUUCACCGCAGCCGCAAACAGAGACGCCAUCCCUGCACUGUGACCGAGGUCUUCAACUUCUGCUGGGUCUUGUUCGUCCAUGCUAAAGGGAAUUUCCCCAUGAUCAGCGACGACCUGGUGAACUCCUACCAUCUGCUGUUGUGUGCUCUCGACCUCGUCUUCACCAACGCUCUGCUCUGCAAUGCCAGGAAAGACCUGCUCAACCCAAACUUCAGAGGUCUACCAGAGGACUUCAGCAGUAAGGACUACCGGCCGUCCUCAGGGCCAUACUGCUUCAUAGAGCAGCUGUGUGAGCUCCAUGACGGUCUGGUUCUGGAGGCCAAAGGAGUCAAAGAGCACUUCUGGAAACCCUUCAUCAAGAAACUCUUCCACAAGAGGAUCGUCAGAGGAAAAGAGGACAGUCUGACCGGCUUUCUGGAUCCCAUGAACUUUGGAGACAGUUUUCUGUCUCUGACUCGGGUGUAUGAGGAACAUGUUCUGGCCACCGGCGGUCUGGAUGAGAGGAUCUUCACCGGUGAGGGGGCGAGCGAGGACAUCGGGACCCCGGGGCCCUGCCUGUGUGAGGGGUUGGAGAAUCAGGACAGCGCCACCUACAGGCUCCACGCCAACCUCACUGCCUCGGCUCUGAAGGUCUCCACUCCUCUGACGGGGAGGAAGUACAUUCAGGAGAACCGCCUGGCGUCUCCGGUCUCCUCCGCCAUGAAGAGCGUGGGGCGACUCCACACGCUGCUGUCAGGAACCAAACAGGGGCCGAGCGAGAAGCUAACAGAAACUCUCAGGACCUGUGCCAGAGACCCCAGUGAUGUCAUCAGCAAGCGCCUGAAGGACAUGUUUGAGCUCCUCUGUCAACAUUAUGAGGGCAGCGGGGCGGAGAGCAGGGGAAUGGGGAAAGACAUGGCGGUGAAGUACUUCCACCUGGCGGAGGCACUCUACUACCGAAUCCUGGAGUCCAUCAUUGAGAGAGAGAAGAUGAUCCUGGGAGACGCUGACCUCUCAUGUAUUCUGGAGCAGGACGUCUUCCAUCGCUCGCUGCUGGCCUGCUGUCUGGAGAUCGUCGUCUUCUCCUACAGGCCUCCAGGAGAUUUCCCCAACAUGAUUGGCAUCUUCCAGCUCCCUGCUUAUCACUUCUACAAGGUGAUCGAGGUGUUGGUGCGCUCGGAGCAGGGUCUGUUUCGGGAGGUGGUGAAGCACCUGAACCAGGUGGAGGAGCAGGUUCUGGAGAGUCUGGCCUGGACCAGCAACUCCCCACUUUGGGAGAGCCUCCGCGGGGCCAAAGACCACGUCCCCGCCUGCAAGCAGGUGAUGCCUCCUCAGUAUCUGGAACAAAACGACGAGAGCAGCACCGGCAGCGUUCCCCUCACUCCCAUCAACCACGGACCUGACCUCAACACCAACAGCAUGGUCAAAGGCGUGUCCCCCUCCCCCACCACCCUGCUGGACCGCUACAGCUCUCCUCCCGCCGGCCCGACUCGCCGCCGUCUGUUCGUCGACCCGGUGGGCAGCGAGCCUCGGGUCACCUCUACCAACACCACCAGCACAAUGCCGGCCGCCGUGACCAAGACCGGCCAGACCACCCUUGUCACCACCAUCCCAGCCGGGCAGACCGUGGUCAACCUGGCGACCGCCACCGUUACCGCCAACAACGGGCAGACGGUCACCAUACCGGUGCAGGGUAUAGCCAAUGAGAGCGGAGGCAUCACCUUCUUCCCGGUCCAGGUGAGCGUCACCGGACAGGGCGGAGCCACGCUGCAGCCGCUGUCCGCACAGGCUCUGACCAGCACCCUCACCGUCCAAUCAGCCGUCACCAAACCAGUCGUCAAACCAGCCAGCAGCCCGCUGAGGAAAGGCUCGCUGUCGCUCUUCUUCAGGAAGGUGUACCACCUGGCCAGUGUGCGUCUCAGAGAUCUUUGUGCCAAACUGGACAUCUCGUCAGAUCUGAGGAGGAAGAUCUGGACGUGUUUUGAAUAUUCUCUGGUUCACUGCACCGACCUGAUGAUGGACCGCCACCUCGAUCAGCUCCUCAUGUGUGCUGUUUACGUCAUGGCGAAGGUGACCAAAGAAGACCAAUCCUUCCAGAACAUUAUGAAGUGUUACCGCACGCAGCCUCAGGCCAGCAGCAAUGUGUACAGGAGUGUGUUGAUCUUAGGGAGGAGGAGACGUCACUCAGGCAGCACCGACACCAACAAACAGAGCUCACCUGCUGACACCAACCAGGAUCCAGGUGGAGACAUCAGUCCAGUUCCUAUUCGCUCCAGCAGCACCUUGCCCACCCCCCGGCCUGGCAGCGCUCCCUCCACCCCCACCAACACCUCCAACAAGACCUCCUCCUCAUCUUCCUCCUCCUCCUCCCCCACCUCCUCUGGGGGUGACGGUGAGGAGGAGCGAGGAGACCUGAUCCACUUCUACAACAACGUUUACAUCAAACAGAUGAGACCCUUUGCUCUGAGAUACUCAACCAGCUCGCCCUCAGCAGGGGUGGAGACCCCCCCCCUGUGUCCGUACCCCACCCUGAGGACUGGUUCCCCCCGUCGGAUGCUUCUGUCCAGUAAACACUCCAUCUACAUCUCUCCUCACAAGACAGGCUCCGCCCCCACGCCGCCCACCCCCCGAGACAAGAUCUACUACUACAUCUGCAGCAGCCCCCCCAACCGUCUGCAGGAGAUCAACAGUAUGAUCCGCACCGGAGAGACCCCGACCAGGAAGCGCAGCAUGCCUCUGGAGGAGGAGACGUCCCCCAAGAGGGUCUGUCCCGACAACCACUCGGCUCUACUGCGCCGCCUCCAGGACGUCGCCAACGACCGCAGCUCCUCCCACUGAGGCUGCACGCCCACACACACACACACACACACACCAACACCAUCAUGCUACACCAGGGGUGUCAAACACACGGCCCGGGGGCCAGAACCGGCCCUCCAAAGGGCCCAAUCAGGCCCACUGGAUGCAGAGAAGUCAAAACCAGUGUGCUUGGUGUGUUCACAGCACCUUUCAGUGCUCAAGGAAUAUAAUAUUUGGUGCGACUAUCAGACUCAUGGCGGAAAAUACAAGAACUUGCCAGGAAAACUGAGAAGAUAAGAGGUCAGCAACACAUUUCAUCAUCUCUUUUGUAAAUGGAUUGUUCACUAAUUUGAACAUUUUCAGAAUGUACUUCUUCUCCCUAACAGGAAGUGGACAUUUUGGAGGUGUUGUUAUUUAUAGGUUACUAUGCAAUGGUUUUACUGGUCUGGCCCACUUGAGAUCAAAUUGGACUAAAAUGAGUUUGACACCCCUGUGCCACACCUUCACUGUCCUGUCAUACGUGGUUAAGAGAUCAGGCCACUUCCUGUCCUGCUGCAUCACCAGCUCUCCGUUCUGAUUGGCUGACCACUCACCUGUAACGGAGCAUUCACAUCAAGAGCGAAGCAAAGUUUUUUGUGCGAUGCGAUUACAUACAAAGUUACUGCAAAGAGGCGAAUAGACGCAAAUUAGAUGACUUUAUGUUGAGUGUUGAUGUAGCAGCUGCAUAGCCUGGCACUGAUCCAUCCAAACUUCAUUCAGAAAACA